AUGUAUCCAGCUCGUGCUCCAACUCGAAAAACGGGGAGGGGGAAAAGCAGGGGCAGCAUAGGCAAGGGCAGGGCAGCCGCGCGUGCAGGGCAACAGCGUGGAGCAGAGCGGGGGCAGCAACAGGCGGCAACGGGCAGCACACGCACGGGCAGCAACGGGCGGCGACGGGCAGCACACGCACGGGCAGCAACGGGUGGCAACGGGCAGCACAGGCACGGGCAGCAGGCAGCAACGGGCAGCACGGGCACGGGCAGCAAUAGGCGGCAACGGGCAGCACAGGCACGGGCAGCAACGGGCGGCAACGGGCAGCACAGGCACGGGCAGCAACAGGCGGCAACGGGCAGCACAGGCACGGGCAGCAACGGGCGGCAACGGGCAGCACAGGCACGGGCAGCAACAUGUGGCAACGGGCAGCACAGGCACGGGCAGCAACGGGCGGCAACGGGCAGCACACGCACGGGCAGCAACAGGCAGCAACGGGCAGCACAGGCACAGGCAGCAACGGGCGGCAACAGGCAGCACAGGCACGGGCAGCAACAGGCAGCACAGGCACGGGCAGCAACGGGCGGCAACGGGCAGCACAGGCACGGGCAGCAACAGGCGGCAACAGGCAGCACAGGCACGGGCAGCACACGCACAGGCAGCAACAAGCAGCAAUGGGCAGCACAGGCACAGGCAGCAACGGGCGGCAAUAGGCAGCACAGGCACGGGCAGCUGCUCCAGGGGCGGCGGUGGUGCAUGGUAGAGGCGGUGGCCAGGGAGGAGGGUGCCGCGACGAGCAGGGACGGCGCCCAAGGGGCGCCGCGACGAGCAGGGACGGGGCCGAAGGGGCGCCGCGACGAGCAAGGGCGACGCCCCAGGGGCGCCGCGACGAGCAGGGGCGGCGUCCAGGGGGCGCCGCGACGAGCAGAGACGGCGCCCAAGGGGCGCCGCGACGAGUAA